GCAGGAGGAAAGCGAAGGAACGGAAGUAAGAUUAAUAUCAACAAUUUGAGAUUACAACCAACUCAGGCAGAACUUCACUGCAGUCGCUAAAUUGAAUCAAAUUGCUGUCGUUUUUCUAUUUACAUGCUUUAGCAGUGCGCGGCGCAUUAUGGGGGGAGUAUUUUACUGCGUGUCGUGGAAGCGGUAUCAGUUUGAGCUCAAACUUGGUGGCUAGUUUAGCUACUCAGAAGAGCUAAAAAAAAAAUACUUUUUGUCAGCUGACUGGCGCGUACUUACAUUGACAACACCAAUAGAGUAAUAUGCUCAGAUAUUGUUCUGUGCUUAGUUUGAACGCGGCCGUGGGUGUAGUAAGAGUGUGCGCUAGCUGCUGUUGACACGUCCUGGUAGUUGAUAUGUGGCGCUGAUAGAGACCCGGCUAGCAGUGCUCCUGCAGCUGCUCCCACCUGUCAACUUGCUGGAUCCCCGUCUCUCCCAAUGGCUCACUGCGGCUCCUCCGAGCCGAGCGCAAAGGACAGCAUCCUGCCAUCACAGAGCGGCGUGGACCAGAGCAUGAAGCCGGUGCUGUUUGAGAUCUUUGGCGAAAUAUGGACCGUCCAGUCGCGUCUCGGCCAGGGAGUCUCGGCGUCAGUGUACCGGGUCAGCUCCGGCAGAGCCACCGCCGCCGUCAAGGAGUUCCAGGCGGACACUCAGGGAGGAGAUUACGGGUAUCACAAGGAGAGGUCCGUGCUGGAGGACAUCCAGGGACAUAAAAACAUCGUGACACUGUAUGGGGUGUUCACCAACCACAGCUGCAUGGGUGUUGCCACCCGCUGUCUCCUGCUGGAGCUCUUGGAUGUCAGCGUGUCUGAGCUGUUGGUGAGAGGCAGCAGUGGUACCCAGGGUGGCAGACCCCAGCAGGGCCACUCCAUGUGGCUCGUCCAGCACUGUGCCAGAGACAUUCUGGAGGCUCUCGCCUUCCUUCACAGGGAAGGCUAUGUCCAUGCAGACCUCAAACCACGUAACAUCCUCUGGAGCGCAGACGACGAGUGCUUCAAGCUCAUUGACUUCGGCCUCAGCUUCAAACAGGGAAACCAGGAUGUCAAGUAUAUCCAGACAGAUGGGUAUCGAGCUCCAGAGGCUGAGCUUCAGAACAGCCUCGCCCGGGCCGGGCUGGAGGUGGAGGGAGACUCGGGCUGCACUGCUGCCGUGGACCUGUGGAGCCUGGGCAUCAUCCUGUUGGAGAUGUUCUCAGGAAUCAAACUCAAAGACACUGUCCGCACACAGGAGUGGAAGGAUAACAGUGCUGCCAUUGUAGAUCAUAUCUUUUCCAGCAACAGUCUGGCGUGCCCUGCCAUCCCUGUCUACCACCUCAGAGACCUUAUCAAAAGCAUGCUUCUCAAUGACUCAAAACAGAGAUGCACAGCUGAAACUGCCCUGCUGAGCCCUUUCUUCAGUAUUCCCUUUGCACCUCACAUUGAGGACUUGGUUCUGCUGCCCUCACCUGUUCUCCGUCUGCUCAACUUGAUCGACGACAGUCAUCUGCACAAUGAAGAAGAGUAUGAAGAUAUCCUGGAGGACAUGAAAGAGGAGUGCCAGAAGUAUGGCUCAGUGGUUUCUCUGCUCAUCCCCAAGGAGAACCCAGGGAAAGGACAGGUGUUUGUGGAGUACGCCAACUCCAGCGACUCCAAAGAGGCUCAGAGGCUUCUGACGGGCCGCACCUUCGAUGGGAAGUUUGUGGUGGCCACCUUCUACCCUCUGAGUGCCUAUAAAAGGGGUUACCUGUACCAGACUGUACAGUAAAGUCCUAAAACUCAAUUUACACUUCUGCAUUGUUUGCAGACACCACUGCAAAGGGCACUACAAAGGAGAAAAUCUUCUCCCUAUGAAAAUGCCUUCUGUUAACAAAGUUAAAAGCUCUGCAUGUCAGCCACAUGGUGUUCAACCCUAAGUCUGCGUUUCGUGCCGAGUGUAAACUGAGCUCUUUCACCUCCUCUUGCACUACUAUUAUCAGUGCACAUCCAUUAAGUUCUUCAAGGUGAACUGCACUUCUCGCGUAACGACUGAGGCCCACAGGUCGGUGGUCGUGGGACGGCGGUUCCUCUUUGAGCUUCCAUUUCUUUCUUCGCUUUGCAAGAUCAAAAACCUAUAUUAGAUGACGGUGCACACUUUAACGGUCUGAGCUCUACAUUGCAUCUAAAUAGUUGCGUCACUUUAGAUAAAUUAUUAGUGAAACACUUUAUAUCAUCUGUGGAAUCAGGGAUGUGAUUAGAAAUAUGUAGCAGGUAAACACUAACGUCCUGUGUGCAUCGACAGAAAUGCCCUGCAAACCUACUCCCUGUGAACUGAUCAUUUCCUGUGGUGAACGCUAGUGUCUUAUACUGUUGUUAAACUAAUAAUUAUUUUCAGUUUAUUAUGAUUAUUGACUAUUUAUAUCGGCGUUUAGCAUUCAGAGGAAAUUACAUGGGGACCAGGGGAAGCUCAGAGCUUCUGAAGCUUCUGCUGACUCCUCUGUCCAUUUUCCGGGAGAAAUGCUUUUGACUGUCUCACCCACCAGAUGGUAGCACUCUCCCACUCACUCACGUUCAUUAUCUGAUCUAGACGGGGGGGGCUCCUAGCACCCUGUCCUGUAGCCUUGUGGUUUGUAGCUUUUUAUUUACGACUCUGCGUGAAGAAAAUAGAGAGAAUACUUGCUUCACUGCGUGCUUCCCGUCACGAUGACAUGAAGUCAGCUUCAUAUUUUUACUGCAACUCUGAAAUGGCACAAGAGCAAGUAAUACUUUGUGAGGAGAGCUCGUGUAUGAACUGGAUUGCCCUUAUCCACUUUCCACUUGGAAAAUGAGUCUGUGAACAAAAACAGAGGUAGACACGUCUUCUAAUGAACUAAAGUCAAAGGGCGCUGUCGGUUUACCUCAUAGCUGUGACGUGAUUUUGAAUUGUAGCCUAGAGCCAAAGUGUCGAGCAGAAUGGGAGAUGCAACUGUUGCAACUCAACUGUUGCUCUGCCUCGAAAGUAUUGUCGUAAAGCUACCAGGUGGAGUAUGUUUGUAGCAUUUUUUUAUAAUCACAUGCAUAUUUGUUUGUGGAAAAACUACACGAUAUAGCUGUAUACUGGUGGCGGUGUCUCCACCCUUUUCAGAUUCGACACGUACGGGCUUUUUCCAGUACGGAUGCAAGAUUCUGCAAUGACUGCUGCACUAACUAGGCAGACGACAUGUAAUGUUGGACAAUCAUUGCAUAGAGUCAGUGCAUGAAUCAGCUGAUUGAUGGGUAAACUCCCGGCCCUGCACUAUAGCACUAUUUCCUCGUGGUACUACCUUAACCCUGAGCGUCUGUGUUUGAUGCUCUUGUCGGCUUUAACAGCUGCUGCUAGUUUCAUGACAAGGUAUUGAGUUUAGAAAUGUCACAAACUGACACGAAAUCAAGUUUUUUGGAUCCAACUUUUUAUUUUAUUUUAUUUUUUUUAAGUUGGUUACAUCGAGGCGGAUUAUUUUCGAUACCACCAAGCCUGUGUUUUUGCAGGAGAAUGUUAACCUGGUGUAGCAGAAUUCAUCGUGGGACUUGUUUCAGCCGAUAGAGAUAGAAAAAAUAGGCCUGCAGGCAAUCAGAGAGUCCUAUAGAUGAAUCACAGAAACAAAUAUUGUGCAUAUGCUUCUCGACAAAUGCCUUAAUUGCUGUUCAGUGUUCGUCCUUUAAAGUUCUUUUAUAACAAACAUAAUGGCAGAAUUUGAACAUUUUGCCUCUACGUCGGUAACCAUAUUUUAACAAACAAAAUUUAAGAGUUAAAAUGUGUUGGGUGGAGGAACUACAGGUUUGACUUCCGCGCAAAUAGAAGGUACUUUUUUAAUUGUAGAAACCGUAGUUCUGUUUACCACUUUCCACCCUGUCGCUCUGAUACAAGAGAUUUCUUUACAAAUAGUGUACGACAUCCACUAACAACCAAAACGCUGCUUCAACAUCUUGCCCUACAGCUAAUAAUUCACAUAGCCGAACGCCUUAGAAAAUAGCUCUUUUCAAGCUGAUUUAGUCUGUUCAGUAACAAAUCUGGGCCCGUGUUCGUAAAGAUUCAGAGCAUCCUCUCAGAGAGCUCCUAACUCCAAGCAACAAGUCUUAGCAUGAGAGUGAUUCCAAAACAUUCUCAGAUCUUAGUGAUGAGAUGUGGUUUGUAGGUACGAGUCGUUAUGUCACAAGGUGUGAUUGGUUGAUCAUAAAAGCUUAAUAAAAUACACUUUUGGUGAUGGUGGGCACAGAAUGGGCCAUCAAAUCAAUACUUGAUCAUCAAAUCUAAACUCUAUGAAGACUGUGCAAUUGUAAAUAAUAUUUUACAUGAAAGGAAAAAUCUCUGUUAAAUAAAUGGUAAGCUAUACUAUUAUAAGUAAGCUGAUAUCCAAAAAAAUGUGUGAAAACUCAGGCCCACUUGCACAGUAUUCACAGGCUGAUAUUUCUAUUUAUUUGCUUACAUUCAUGUAACAUGCUGGUAAUUUUUACACUUCUUCCAUUUGGUAUUAACGAGAGUAAAAUGGAUCAGCUUUCAUCAAACUGGCCAAAUUCCUGCACGAUCCAGUCUCUAGCGUUUAAUUAAUUCAGUGUUUGGAGAAUAUCUCUUCCACCUCUUCCUUCUGCCAUUUUUUCCUCUGCUUAACAAAGUCCUAAGCCUCUUAAAAGUCUUCCUCCGUGUCCUUAAACGAUCUCACCUAAGUAGCGCUCUUGAGAGCUGAGAUUCUUUAGAAAUGCCUUGAGGGGAAAUUCUCAGAAAACAAAGAGUUUUCUUAUAAUUUGGUCCCUAGGAGCAACUCUUUUUGCUAAGAAUCUUUAGGAAUAUGGCCCCCGGACUAUCACAUACCUUAAACAGACAUCUAUUUUAGUCUCUUUAUGAAACUGCUCACUGCUCAUUACGUUAAAGCCGGACUAAUAAAAUCUUAUUAAACAGCUACAGGCGGUGGUAAUGAUGGCACUGCUAAUGCUAACAGUAGUAGUAUUAGUUGUUAUAAACUGUUGCUAAAGUUAAACUGCUAGACUGCCAAAAAAACACUUUUUAGUAUUUAGCAGUAAUGCUAAACAUUUAACUAAGAUGCAAAGAAGCUGACAAGGUUGGACAAGUCAUAGAGAGACAAGUCAUCAUGUCAGCAAACACAGUAAUUGUUAGAAAGCCUUAUUCGUUUUCUGGUGAUCUACUGGUCACAGUCAAGUGAGUCCUUAGUGGUAACGCCUGAUAGUGUUAAGAUAAUAAAUGUUGUGAAAUGGACGUUUCUUUCGUAAAAGUAAGAAUGUUCCAAUUGUUAUGCUGCUGGUUUGCUCUCAUUGUAAAGCACAAAUAAAGCACUGUUCAAAUGGGAGAUGGGAUUUCAGGGUGUGAGAGAAACCAGAGGCUGCAUAAUACAAAACUAUUUGAAGCGGAUGAAUAGAAAUCAACAUGCUUCCAAAUAUAAAAUAAAUCAUCUGUAUUAAAUAGAUGAUGAAGCACACUGGUCUAGAUCAGUUACAGUUUUAUUUUCGACCAAAGUGAAAGUAUUUUUCUACAAUAUUGAUUUUCCAACCACUCCUCUGCUCUAACCACUUGACUAUAAAUCUGUUUCUAUAUCUGUGGUAUACAAGGACAAUGAUCACUAUUGUCAGAUACUUGUGACAGCAGUGUAGUGUUUACUAGAUUAUCCAGAAGUUUGUCAAGGACCCAAUGCAGAACGCGAUUGUCCGACAAUGUUGGACUGUUCUGUUAAGGCAUUUUAAGUUUGUCACUGGUUGUCCUUUGUGAUUUGUGUAGCUCCAUAGCUACCUCCUGCUUGACCCUCAGAUAAACAUUUAAUGACAGCAUCAGUGCUGCCAUGAGAUUACUGACCAAGAAUAAAAUCCCUACCAGUCCACUGGUACUGAAUUUUGGUUUACAAAUUCACAAAAGCUAAAAUGUACAAGUGGACAUUUUGAAGCAAAUUUUCCUUGUGUGCGGUGUAUGCAGGACAAAUCAGUGUGUGUGUCUAAGUUGCGCUCUUUAGUGUAGGCCUAAUGUGAGGGGCCGUGUUUGCAUAGCAGCAGCGGCAUGGAUGGUGUCGCACGCUGUUUCCUCGUCCACUGAGGGAGGGAUGUAAACUCCAACGCUCAGGAGCGGAGCGUGUCUCCAUCCGCCGCUACCGGCCAAAUCCGGUACUUGACAUUCAUAAUACCAGCUGUAGGUUACUGGCUGUGUAUGGAGGUGUGGUUCUUCCAAGUUGUUUACAUUAGAAAGUGCAAGUGAGCUUUUUCAUUUGCAGCCCAUCAGACCUACAACGCGACUGCCUACACGUAUGAAUGAAAAUAUCAACUAAUAGAUGAAAGGUUUGAGAAUGUUUGUAGCGUGUAUGCUCAGACUUGGUUUUGUCUGACUCUGGCACUACAGUCAUUAAUAGUCUGAGAAAUAAGUUUCUGCCACAGACCUGUGAGCGUCCAUAGUGGAAUAGCUUUGGUAGUGUUUAAAUAUUUGAGUCAAAUAUUUGUUGAGACUAUCGCUGACCUGAAUGUUAACACAUCAGGUUGGUAGCUCCAUCCUGACCUGGAUGGUGGUAUCUGCGCCACCAGCUUUUUCUUUUUCUUUUUUUUCUUUUUUAAAUCUCAUAUUAUCUCAUUAUAUUUUUUAUUUUAUUUCAUUUUAUUUUAUUUUCUAUUGAUCAUUUGAGCUUUUUUUGUGUAAAUAUGUUGGUAUAAAAUAUUUUUUUCUUCAUUGAUGUCGGUAGCAUGAAGCAUUGUUGCAAAUGAAUUGCUUACUAGGCAGCAAACAUAAAAAAAAAAACACUUUGUACGAAGUAAACUAUUCUGAUUCAUAGGCUUUGUUUUACACUGUUUACUCGUUGAACACUCCACGAUUGUGAUAUUAAUGAACUAGCCUAUUUUAGUCUAAAACGACAACAACAUAAAUCACUGAACAUGUAUGUAAUUUUGUCCUAAAGAAAAAAAAAAAAACAUUAACAUUAGCCACAUGCAUUUUUUUUUUAUUUAUAUAUGCAAAGUAGUCAUGUGUUAUUUAAUUCCUCAAUGAGAGCCAGCGUUCAUUACCAGAUAUUUUCCUUUUACUGUUGCAAAACGCGUAGCGCGCGAGUCAAGAGUUUAAGUUAUAAUCUCAGCUUUUGCGUAGUUCUUUUAGCAAACCAAUAUCAGGGAGUGCGAGAGACGUCCCUUCUUUCUUUAUUUCUCGUUGAGCAGCCCACUGUUUUUCCAUUCUGUCUCCAUGCAGCGCACACACAACAAGCAGCACUGGAACAGUUGUAUCGACGGCAAUGCAUCAGAGGCAGGUGUCGCUUACGCGAUAUCGUAGUGUGCCCCGAAUAACGUAUGUGUUUACUGGCAACAACAGGUCACAAGUGGUGAAGGGAGACACAGCCGGAGGUGCGUUCUAAUGCCAGGUGUGUGCAGAGACACUUGAAGCCAUUCCACUUGUGAUUGGAUCACCAAAGGCAGAGGGCUGUUCAGGAAACACACAACCAGUCGCCCUGCAGCAAACUGACGCAUUUCCACCACAGCAACAGUUCCACUCUCAGGUCCGGCCAAACCCGGCCUUCGCCAGCUACACAGAAUUCCCUUUUCUGACUAAGAUGUACGCAGCUGGCGUUAGAACAUGUGAGUCCACUGCUGUGGUCGUUUGCAAAUACUCAAAAUAUACCCUAGUGAGGUGGUCUUUGAACUCCUUUCUUGUCCAUUACUGUUCUUAAAAGGAGUGUAUGAACUUCCUCGAGUCCUCCGUCAUUGUCUGUCUCCCAUCUUUCCUGCUUCCCUCUGAGGCUCUUCCUUCUCCAGCAUUUUUUAAGUUGUACUAUAUUGGCUUAUUUGCCCCAUGCCCCAUUGAUUUCACUUAAAUUUCUGAGUUUGGUUGUUUGUUUUUGAGGCUGCAUUACAUGAUUCCUCUGUGUUGAAAUCUUUACAUUUCAGACACUUGCUUCUCACUGCCAUUUAGGUCUGCCAGUGCUCUGAGGUGCAGAUGUACGUGUGUUGAUCUUCCGUUUUUCUGUUAACGAACAUAUAAGCGUUUUCUAAUUUCAUGCCACCUGACCAGUGUCAGGUCUCAUCAUGUGUGUGCGUAGAUGUGUGUGGAGGAUCAGGCAGCAGUGAAGAGUUCUUGGUAGAAGCGUUCAUAGUCCUCAGGCUCCAUUUACCAGUGAGUAUGGCUUGUCCGUACGUUGGAUGUUAUGAUAUGGAUUUUGCUUCAUCUCUUUCUGUGUAUGUGUGUGUUGUUGCUCUUUAAAGUAUGUGCACCCAUUUGCUUGUUAAAGGCAACAUUAAAAUCAUUUGAAGACAAUGUUAGAGUCAAUUAGGCACCGAAGAGCUGAUUACUUUAUGUGCUGUAGUCGGUCAUCAAAACAGAAGCACAUCCUGAAAGGACAAUCUUGAAACUCUAGACAGCACAGCAGACGAAAACUGGAAGGUAAUGGUGUCCGUAAAAGAUCAAAUAUAAAUAGCACUUCUCAUUUGCUUCAGUCUGCUCACAGUCUGCAGCAGUUAGCUUAAGUUUUAAAUCAUUUUAAAUUGCUAAGCUCUUUCUUGAUAAAAGUAGUUGAACAAAUGUCAAUGAGAAAACCCACACUCCAACAGUGAAUAUAUCUACAAACGCCUUUUGGUUCAGCUUCUGAGCUGUUAUGCACAAUGGGGAAGUGUUUAACUGGCAUUAGAAAGAAGUAUUAUUUAUGCAAAAGAUGGAUGUCUGUAAUCCCCGGGAAGUGUCCGUUUUCUUUUCCAAUUCACAAUUGAUACUCCAAUCACUGGAGAUGGUGUGGAAAACAAAAGCAGUCAUCCUAUGUAAGUUAAAAUGCUCUAUAGAAGUGAAGAGACUGUUGAGGUUGUCACAAACUGCACCAGCUGCCAGGUCCUAGAAAACCAAAUCCUGAUGGAAAUUUCAUCCAACAGAAACCAAAUCAUAUGGAAGGAGUGAGAACUUGCACAUUUAAUCUUAUUAUUUUGAGUUGAGGAUUGUAAAAAAAAAAAUUUAAAAAAUGCAAUCAUUUAAAAUGUCAAACAACAAUCCUUAAAGGCAAUUGUUGCCUUUUCUGGUGGAAGUCUUCCUUUGCAUUUCUUUGAACCAGUUUGGUUGAAACGUGGGCAAAAGUUGGAUUAAAACACUAGAUGUCGUUCCGGAGAACCGCGGGAUACCCGACGAAGUGUCCCACAGUUCAAACUGAAGGCAAACAACUUAUGCUUCUAGAAAGCACAAUGUGAGAAGGGCACUGUGUGCAUGCUACAAUAAAUGCCACAUGUUAAGAAUCUGUGAGUUGAACCCAUGUUUUCCAACCUCCCAGUUGGGGGUGAAUCAUAGAAGUCAUGCAGUUUGAGAAUCUCAUAAAUAAAAAUGAUGCUCGACUUGA